UCGAUAGUGCUCUCGAUGGUUUGACACCUCUACCGCGAACAAAUUUGCUUGUAAUUUGCGUUGAUUGUAAUUUUCCUGCUUUAAAAAACACAACAACCAACUUGAAAUGGCGGGAACAACGCAAAAAUACAGGAACUUUGUGGCCGAGCCCAUGGGCAACAAGUCUGUCACAGAGUUGGCCGGAAUUGGAGAGACGCUGGGUGGCCGCUUGACCGAAGCUGGAUUCGACAAGGCAUACACCGUGCUGGGCCAAUACUUGGUUUUGAAGAAAGAUGAAGAGCUGUUUAAGGACUGGAUGAAGGACGUGUGCCACGCCAGUUCCAAGCAGGCCUCCGACUGCUACAAUUGCCUCAACGAUUGGUGCGAGGAGUUCUUGUAAGGGACAGUCACACACACGCACACACACACACGUAUGCUCCGAUCAAAAGAAUCUGCUGGACGCGCGAAAAUCUAUGGGAACGUCAACAAAUAAAUGCUUACGCAGUAAAAAUUCCUAAAUGCAGCAUCUAAUAUGGCGCAAUAAGUAAAAAGUAAGAAUCUGUUCUUUUCAUGUUCAUAUCGAUGUUAGAAUGUAAGUAACAUAUCUCUAAAGCAAUAACGCAAAAUAAAUGUACAGUCGAAAGGA